AUGGUAUCUUUGACCACUAGUGGAAAGAAGCAACUCGACGACCUUGUUGCCAAAAUCAUCGAGGAGAAGAAGAUACCGGGCUUUGUUUUCGGGGUCACUUCAUCUGACGAAGAGAUAUACUUUAAGACGGGAGGUUACAGAGUUUUAGAUGACCCCGCAAGUGGACCAGUAGUCCCAGACAGCAUUUUCUGGUUAUGCAGCCAAACGAAACUGAUCGCCCAUAUUGCUGUCCUUCAGCUCAUUGAUCUGGGAAAGCUUUCUUUGGAUGACCUUGUGUCGGACUAUAUACCAGAACUCGCCAACCCAGUGGUUCUAGACGACAUCAAUGUAGAGAAUUCAGGAUUCAAGCCUGCGAAGACGCCAAUCCGCAUCAAACACGUCUUGAACUUUUCGAGCGGGCUAUUCUACAUCCCUAGAGUAGGGAAUCCUACGCAUCUAUCUGGCCCGUAUUCUAGCAAGCCUCAUAAUCAAGACAACCCCAUUGGACAUUUCCUUUCUCUCAUUAAAGGUGAUUUGCCUGGUAUCCCUCUGGCUUUCGAACCUGGCGAGAGCUGGAUAUAUGGUUGGGGCUCGGAUAUAGCAGGAUUCGUUGUAGAAAAGGUCACUGGGAAAUCCUUGGAACAAUACCUCCAAGACAACGUAUUCAAGCCAUUAGAUAUAAAUGCGUCAUUUUAUCUCACACCAGACCUUAAAGAUAAGCUGGUCGAACUUUGUUACAGACGAGAUGGAAACCUAGAGCCCGGCUCCAAACAAACCGAAGAGGUUGUUAUUGAGCGCGAUCCAGCGAAAUUAAAGUUGCACCUUGGAGGAGUUGGUUUGUAUUCGUCACUUCAGGGAUAUCUCAAUCUUUUGAGACAUCUCUUACAAAUUAAAGCUGGUAGCGCCCAAAAUCCGAUAUUGAGCAAGAAAUCCGUCGACUCUCUCUUCGAGGGGGCGUUGACCGAAGCUGGGGCUAAGAAUAUAACCUGGCUCUCGUCUGCUGUAGAUCCUACUGUGCCAGCUACUCCCAUUCAGUGGAGCACUGGGCUGGCAGUCUGUGAAGCUGAUUGGCCAGGAAAGCGUAAAAAAGGCUCUGCUUACUGGGGAGGAUGGGCCAACCUUAGCUACUUCAUAGACCCCACUACAGGAGUCGCUGUAGUCUUCGCCACACAGCUUGUCCCUCCAUUCGACCCUCAUGUACAAAAGUAUUACGCAGAGCUGGAGAAAACCCUCUACCUAGCACUCGGAAAUUAA